AUGUGUACAUUUGGAACUAGUGACAUCCGUAAGUACCGAAUGCUUCAUUCAAGCGUUCGUCGUCGGUUCAUAGCCAGAAGAGGUCGGCCAUCUACAGUUUAUUCAGACAACGGCACAAAUUUCGUCGGUACAUCUGCAUUGCUGAAAAAGGUUGACUGGGUAAAGGUAAUUGCUCAGGAAACUUUGCAUCCCAUCACUUGGAAGUUCAUUCCGCCCACUGCUGCUUGGUGGGGCGGAUGGUGGGAGCGUCUAAUCCGCACAGCCAAGAAUUUGAUUGUGAGAGUCUUAGGACAAGCUGCAGUCAAUUACGAAGAGUUACUCACCGUCAUCUGUGAUGUGGAAGCCGUAAUAAACUGUCGACCACUAACUUAUGUGUCAAAUGACUCUGAGGAUCUUCUACCAUUAACGCCUUCCAUGUUCUUACAGGACAUUAAGGUUUCAGGUACAGCAGAUUUGGAUGCUUUAGAUCGAAAUAAACUCUUGGCUCGUCAGCGUUUCUGCCAGGAACUUCGAGAACAAUUUCGUAGCCGUUUCCGCAAGGAGUACCUUGGACAGUUAGUACAAAAGCAUGGACAGACGGACUGUGAAUUAAAAGUUGGAGACAUCGUGCUAAUAGGUUGUGAGAACCUUAAAAGAGUGAACUGGCCAAUUGCUCGUGUCCAAGAACUUUGUACAAGCAGAGAUGGACGUGUAAGAGUUGUAAAAGUGAAAACUAGAAAUGGCAUACUGAUUCGUCCUGUACGUAAACUGUACCCUCUAGAAGUGUGUUCCUGUACUAAGGAUACCAUUAUUUGA